AUGGAAUCAGAAGAUGAUACAUCAAAAUUGAAUUAUGCUAUUAUUAUGACUUUACUCUAACUAAUAUUUAUUAUUCUAACUCUAUAUUAUUGCAAUAUUGUAUAUAAAUUAAGGGAUCAAUACCCUAUAAAGCAAUUAUCUCCAAUAUUAACUUUAUUUUCAGGUGGAUUUUAUUAAAUAUUUGCAACAAUUAUAUUAUUUGUUGAUAUAAUCAAUGAUUUAAAACAUGAUUUUUUCAAAGAAACAUAUGAACAUAGUGAACCAUAAAUAAUCUUAAUAUAAAUUAUUUCAUUCUUCUAAUUAUGGUCAAGAGGUUGUUGUUAUACAUUAUAAUUGAUGAAAUUUGCAAGAAUAGCUAUAGCUUUAAAUAAAAAAUAAUUAAAAUAAAAUACAAAAAUUGCUAAAUUAUUUUCAGAUGAAAAAAAAUUAUUGUUUAUUUCUUUACUUUAAGGAUUGCUUUUUUUUCCCCUUCCAACUUAUAUAUAGUGUAAAUUAUAAUCAAAACCAAUGUUAUUAGCUAUGUAAGUAUAUAAGGAGCAUAAAAAUCUUGUUGCUUUAAGUAUUUUAUUAUAAGAAGGAUUGACUGUAAUUAUUAUAGGAAUAAUAUAAACCAAAAGUAUUUAGGAUAACCUAUUUAAAUUGACAUUGUAUCCUCAAUUUCUAUUUAUAAUUUGGUAUUCAUUAACUACUAUAAUUCCAAUUAAUGAAAGAUUAAUAACAUUUUCUUUUUGGGUUAGAUGCUAAAUAAUGGUAUAUUUAUUUGUGAGUCUUCCAACGUAUUUUGUUGAAUAACUACCUAAUAUUUACAUUACAACUAAACAGAUUAAAAAUAUUGAAAUUAUCAUAUCAAAGAAAUUUAAUUAAUUCUAUAAAAACAAUUUAGUAUUAAUAUCUUUUACAAAAUAUUUAAUUUUCAAAGAUAAACACAAUUCUCCUGAGUUUUAAUUGAAAAAUUAUUAAAAUGAAUAAUAAGUUAUUCAUCCAUAAAAAAAUUAUUAUUAAAAACUAUUAUAAAUUCUGAUUUUAGUUAAUGAUAAUAUAUAACAAUGUGGUAAUAACUAUAUAUAAGCAGAUCAAUUUUAUAAACUUAAUUAAGAAUUCAAUUUUUUUGAAAGUUAUUAAGAUUUGUAAUAAGUUUAAUAAGGAUUAAUUAGGAAUAUUAAAUAAAUAUAUUAAAACGAAUAUUAAAAUACAGUAGCUUAUUAUAACUUGUAUUUGAAUUCUAAGCAUAAUGAGAUAGUCAAAUACAACUUAGAAAUGCUUAAUAUUAAAUUAGAAGAGUUCGAAUGUUUUGAAGAAACUUAAUUAAAUUCUCCUUUGUUAUGA